AUGAUCUCCCAAGGCAUCUGCAGAAGCUUGAGCGUUCAGUGCAAUGAAAGAGACCGCCAUCUUCUUCUAAACUUCAAACGCAAUGUGGUUGAUCCAUCAGCCAUCCUCUCUACUUGGUCUGAUGAGCGAGACUGCUGUGAAUGGCAUGGAGUUCAGUGUGAUAACACCACGGGCAGAGUCAUGGAGCUCAGCCUCCCAUGUUCCCAACGAGAUCCCUUGGCUUCAGAUUGUGGAGAGAAGAAGCCACACUGUCUCACUGGUGAGAUCCACCUAUCAUCUUUGCUCCAACUUGAGUUUCUAAAUUACGUGGAUUUGAGCUUUAAUGACUUCCAUGCUAUCAUUCCAAAUGACUAUGUGGAUGAUAUCACAGACUGCAAUAACCUAUCUGUGACUGACCGUCCUCAUUUUUGCGGAAAUUCUUCUAUUAUGCAUCAUCUUGAUUUAUCUUACAACGAUCAUCUUCACAUGGGUAGUCUUGAUUGGCUUUAUCGUUUCCCGUCCUUGGAAUAUGUGAACUUCACUGGCAUUAAUCUUCAAGGGAGAGUUGACUGGAUUCAACUACCAACUCUACUUCCUUCAAUUAAAGAGUUGUCCUUAGAGAAUUGUCAGCUUACAAGCAUCAAUCCACCUCUCCAGUUCGUUAAUCUUACUUCACUUGAAGUUCUCAACCUUUCAGAAAAUGAUUUUAGCUCUGAAUUUCCAGCCUGGUUAUUCAAUCUCAGUGAUCUCACUACUAUUGACUUGAGCUUUAACUUUUUCCAAGGCCAAUUCCCAAAGAGAUUAUUAAAUCUCCAAAAAAUAAAAGAAUUGAAUUUGAAAGAAAACAAAUUCAAUGGACCAAUUCCAGACUGGUUAGGCCAACUUGAACAUCUACAAGUUCUUGAUGUCAGUGGCAAUUUCUUUUCUGGUCCAAUUCCUUCAACCUUGGGAAAUAUGUCAUCCUUGAUUUUCUUGGCAGUCUGUUCAAAUAACUUAAAUGGAAGUCUGCCAGAAAAUCUUGGACAUCUCUUGAACUUAGAGGUACUAGGCCUUUGUGAUAAUGACUUCACAGGGUAUGUGUCUGAAAGAAAUUUUGUCAAACUCUCACAUUUGACGAAACUUUUCAUGGGAUCACCGAAUUUAAUCUUUGACUUCGAUUCUUUAUGGGUUCCCCCUUUUCAACUUGAAGUGAUUAGUUUGGAUCACAUGGUGGGCUCGAAACUUCCUGCGUGGAUAUAUACACAAACAUAUCUUGAAAGAUUAAUAAUUACCCAGUCAAUCAUUUCAUUUGAACCUAGAGACAAGUUUUGGGAUUUUGCAGCACAACUUCCAUAUAUACAGCUACAAGACAACACAAUUCAUGGGGAGAUGCCUAACGUGUUGCUAAACUCUACCAUCGUAAGAUUAAGUUCAAACAACAUCAGAGGCAAACUCCCUCGAUUAUCAUCAAAUGUUGUGAUGUUCACUGCAGCACAGAACUCUUUCCAAGGACCUAUCUUUCCAUUGUUGUGUCAAAAAGUGAAUGGGAGAAGCCAAUUACAGUAUUUGGACCUGUCUGAUAAUCUUUUAUCUGGAGGGCUUACAAAUUGUUGGACACAUUGGAAAUCACUGGUUUUAGUCAAACUAGGUGGAAAUAAUCUAACAGGCACAAUCCCCCCAUCAAUAGGUUUGUUGUCUAACCUUAGCGCUUUGGUUCUUAAUAAAAAUAAUUUAUUUGGAGAAAUACCUUCGUCGUUCGUAAAUUGCCUGAAGUUGCAGGUCCUUGAUGUAGGCGGAAAUAAAUUAUCUGGAUUCCUGAUGAAUUGGAUGCCAAAAAAUGCAAAGAUUCUUCUACUAAGAUCCAAUCAACUAAGUGGAAGUAUACCACCCCAAAUAUGUCAAUUGGCUUCUCUUGUAAUAUUGGAUUUUGCGGACAACAGAUUAUCAGGUUCAUUACCUUUUUGUCUGCAAAAUCUGACAGCCAUGACUUCCCCCAAUUCUUCUAAUAAUGGGGUUUACAACUUUUGCAUUAGAACUCCAAUUUUGACUUAUGAAGUCAAUGUCAAGGUUAUAUUGCACACAAAAAACCAAGAAUCGAUGUUUGGCGAAAACUUGAAGUUCUUGCAUGCUAUUGAUCUAUCAAGUAAUAGUAUCUCCGGAUCAAUAUCUCCAGAAAUAUUUAACCUUACUGGAUUGCAAUCUUUGAACUUGUCCCAUAAUCAACUUGAGGGAAACAUACCAAAUGAGAUCAGCAACUUGAAAAAUUUGGAGUCUCUUGAUCUCUCAAGAAAUCAACUUUCGGGUGAAAUUCCUCCAAGUAUGGCUAAAUUAUCUUUUCUAGAGGCCUUGAACCUCUCCUUCAACAAUUUCACUGGGAAGAUUCCAUCAGGAACUCAACUUCAAGGGUUUGAUGUACAAAGCUAUAUUGGGAAUUUUGAAUUAUGUGGGGCUCCACUUCCAAAGAACUGCACAAACAAACAAGAUGGCGAACCCUUUGAAGGAAAUGAUAGUAAAAAAGAUGAAUUUCUGUCUUCAUUCUACUUUGGGUUGGGAGUUGGAUUUGCAAUGGCCUUUUGGGGAGUAUGUGUUGCCAUUUUCUUCAACAGGAAUUUCAGGCACUUUUGCUUCAGGUUCCUCUAUCGCAUCAUAGGCAAACUCUAUGUCAUAGUGGUCAUCAGGAUGAACCGUUUUCGUCGCUAA